CGGUCCCGCGAGUCAGCUGAUCAAUCUCAUUCCUGUCUGCUUGAUAGUUCUCAUAGCAAUGUCUGGAAAAGAUAAACUUCCGAUUUUCCCUUCUCGGGGGGCACAAAUGUUAAUGAAAUCCCGGCUGCAGGGAGCACAGAAAGGUCAUGGUUUAUUAAAGAAGAAAGCUGACGCAUUGCAAAUGCGUUUCAGAUUGAUUUUGGGUAAAAUUAUUGAGACAAAAACACUUAUGGGAGAAGUAAUGAAAGAGGCAGCUUUCUCCUUGGCCGAAGCAAAAUUUACAACUGGAGAUUUCAAUCAAGUAGUGCUACAGAAUGUGACAAAAGCACAAAUUAAAAUUCGUUCUAAGAAAGAUAAUGUGGCUGGUGUUAAUCUUCCAGUAUUUGAAUCAUAUCAAGAUGGCACAGAUACUUAUGAAUUAGCAGGAUUGGCCAGAGGUGGUCAACAGUUAGCCAAGUUGAAAAAGAAUUAUCAAAGAGCGGUCAAGCUAUUAGUAGAAUUAGCAUCUCUUCAGACAAGUUUUGUGACCUUGGACGAGGUUAUUAAAAUCACGAAUCGUCGUGUUAAUGCUAUUGAACACGUUAUCAUUCCAAGAAUUGAAAGAACUCUUGCUUACAUCAUUUCUGAGCUGGAUGAAUUAGAAAGAGAAGAGUUUUAUCGGUUAAAGAAAAUUCAGGAUAAAAAGAAACAAGCAAAAUCCAAGCUUGAAGCAGCUAGGGCUGAAAUGUUGGCAUCUGGCAAUGAUAUGGAAGCUCCAAAUAUGCUUGAUGAAGGAGAUGAUGAUAUUUUGUUCUAAAAACUGUACAUAGCUUGUUUUCACAAACUGAAGUAUUAAAAAAAAAGUAUAUUUUGAAUCUGAAUGAAUGUAUAAAGCGUGAAUCUA